AUGUCUGACGAGGUCUACGAGGGUGCCAUUGGCAUCGAUUUGGGUACCACCUACUCUUGCGUUGCCAACUAUGAGGGCACCAACGUUGAAAUCAUUGCCAACGAGCAGGGAAGCUUCACCACACCUUCGUUCGUCUCCUUCACGGACAAGGAGCGUCUCAUCGGUGAGGCUGCCAAGAACCAGGCUGCCAUGAACCCUAAGAACACCAUCUUCGAUAUCAAGCGUCUUAUCGGACGACGAUUUGAGGACCCCGUUGUUAAGAAGGAUAUUGAGUCCUGGCCUUUCAAGGUCGUUGACCUUGGCGGAAACCCAGUUGUCGAGGUUGAGUACUUGAACGAGACCAAGACCUUCUCUCCUCAGGAGAUCUCUUCCAUGGUUCUCACAAAGAUGAAAGAGGUUGCUGAGACCAAGCUCGGCAAGAAGGUCUCCAAGGCCGUUAUCACUGUUCCCGCAUACUUCAACGACAACCAGCGACAGGCCACCAAGGAUGCCGGUGCCAUUGCUGGUUUGAAUGUGCUUCGUAUCAUCAACGAGCCCACUGCUGCCGCUAUUGCCUACGGUCUGGGUUCCGGAAAGUCCGAGAAGGAGCGUAAUGUCUUGAUCUACGAUCUUGGUGGUGGUACUUUCGAUGUCUCCCUUUUGAACAUCCAGGGUGGUGUCUUCACCGUCAAAGCUACUGCUGGUGACACUCACCUUGGUGGUCAAGAUUUCGAUACCAACCUGUUGGAGCACUUCAAGAAGGAGUUCCAAAGAAAGACCAAGAAAGAUCUGUCCGGUGACCCCCGUGCUCUCCGCCGUCUCCGUACCGCUUGCGAGCGUGCCAAGAGAACCCUCUCCAACGCUACCCAGACCACUGUCGAAAUCGACUCUCUCUUCGACGGCGAGGACUUCAACGCUCAGAUCACCCGUGCUCGUUUCGAGGACCUCAACGCCAAGGCUUUCUCUGGCACCCUUGAGCCCGUCCAGCAAGUCUUGAAGGACUCUGGUAUUGACAAGACCAAGGUCGACGAGAUUGUUCUUGUCGGUGGUUCCACCCGUAUCCCCCGUAUCCAGAAGUUGCUCAGCGAUUUCUUCGAUGGAAAGAAGCUUGAGAAGAGCAUCAACCCCGACGAGGCUGUUGCCUACGGUGCUGCCGUUCAGGCCGGUAUCCUCAGUGGAAAGGCCACCUCUGGCGAGACUGCUGAUCUCUUGCUUUUGGACGUCGUUCCCCUGUCUCUUGGUGUUGCUAUGGAGGGUAACAUCUUCGCUCCUGUUGUUCCCCGUGGCCAAACUGUUCCCACCAUCAAGAAGCGUACUUUCACCACCGUUGUGGACAACCAGCAGACCGUUCAGUUCCCUGUCUACCAGGGUGAGCGCACAAACUGCGAGGACAACACCUCUCUCGGUGAAUUCACUCUUGCCCCUAUUCCUCCUAUGAAGGCUGGUGAGGCUGCUCUCGAGGUUGUCUUCGAGGUCGACGUCAACGGUAUCCUCAAGGUUACUGCCACCGAGAAGUCCUCUGGACGCACCGCCAACAUCACCAUCUCCAACGCUGUUGGCAAACUUUCCAGCACUGAGAUCGACCAGAUGAUCAGCGAUGCCGCCAAGUUCAAGUCUAGCGAUGAGGCUUUCAGCAAGAAGUUCGAGGCCCGUCAACAGCUCGAAUCCUACAUCUCCCGUGUUGAGGAAAUCAUCUCUGACCCUACCAUGUCAUUGAAGAUCAAGCGCGGUAACAAGGAGAGAAUCGAAUCUGCCUUGAGCGACGCCAUGGGCCAGCUCGAAAUCGACGACUCCACGCCUGAUGACCUGAAGAAGAAGGAAUUGGCCCUCAAGCGUCUCAUCACAAAGGCUAUGGCCACUCGCUAA